UCCUCCACCUCCCCCAUCUUCUUAUCCUACACUUUCGAGUUGAUCAAACUCGUGGAUAUUAUACAAAGAAAUUUUGUACCUAACGUGAAAAGCUCCCAAAACUCCCAACGCUCACAGAUUUUUUUAUUAUUUUGAGAGAAUUUCGUUGAUCCCACGUUCACGUCGCAUUUUUUACUACACGCAGGUUGCAACUAGGAGAUUUGAAGAUGUCGAUGAAGAAGUUUAAAUCUAAAGGUCCCAAAGGCCGCAAACGAACGCGCCAGCAUUCACCCCCUCCGAUUGACAAAAAGACAUUACGAGCAAAGUUGAAAGCGGGCGAUAAGGCAGAUGAUGCGAGUGAUAAGAGCACAGCGGGAUCGGGAUCGGGAGCAGCGGGAAGGAUAUCGAAGCCGAAGCCGAAAGCAAAGAAGAAACGGAAGAGGGAGGAGGUUGGUGGGAAUACGCCUAGGGAUUUUUUGAUGUUGAUGAGUAGGAUGGGGAAGAGUACCACUGCUACCACUGCUACCACCAACAACAGCAGCGAGAAGAAACCGCAAUUAACAGACGCGGAGAAAAAAGAGCUCAAAAAACAACGUCUCGAGAAGAAAAAACGCGAAGAAUCCGAGCGUCGCGAGAAAGACCGCGCAAAGGAAGCACAUGAGCGGAGGAAGCAGUUUAAGAUGCUCCCCGGCGAGACGUUUUCCGAGUUUUCGCGACGCGUGGACGACGCUUUGCCUGUGAUUAAAGCAAAGUCAGGCGUGCCGUCUGCUGCUGCUGUGCGGCGGUUGAAGAAGCAGGAGAUUGCCGAGAAAAACGGGCAGAAGCCGGUUCGUCGGAAGACCAAGAAGGGGGAUCCGGAAGAAGUGUUGACUGACGACGGCGAGGAUUACAGCGACGAAGAGAAAGAAGAGCAACGAUACCAGGACCUGAAAAAUAAACGCUCGUCGUCGCCUGAUCCGUGGCUGAAGCUGCGGAAAUCGAAUUUGCCCAAGUUCGGGGAAGUCGCGGAGGCGCCGCCGGUGUUGAAAGUGCCGUCGAAGAAAUUGCUGAGCGUGCCGAAGAAAGCGGGGUCGUUGGCGGAGAGGUUGGUGUUGGAGGCUGAGAGGGAGAUGGUUAUUGGGAAGUAUCGCGCGAUGGUGGAGAGGAAGCAGUGGAAGAGUAAGAAGAGUGAGGUGCAGGAGGAGGAGGAGGAGUGAG